AUGUCGGGAAUUAUUCUUGAAGUCUACGUUAAUGGGGAAGACAUAUCAAUAGAGAAUGAAAUUGAAGUUUUAGAUUCUGAGAGCGACGAGUUUGACUCGGAUAGAGGGGACAGAAGGGUGCGUCGCGCAGGCGUUGUUCAGUCGCCGAAGCGACGCCGCUGCCGUCGGCCGCGCGCCAUGGAAGACACACGCUUACGAGAGCGAGCGCCUCUCACGGUCAUCGUGGCUCCCAGUAACGUUUCCCCUCCCCGGCUCUCACCAGAAGACCUCCUUCCAGACGGAGACGCGGCCUUUCACCCUCUAUCAGCAGUCAACGGACGCCUGACCCCACCAGGCUUAGAACCAGCCUCGUACGCGACUUUAACUCCCUUACUCCCCCUACCACCUAUCAGCACAGUAUCAGAUAAGUUCGCCUACCAUGCGGGGGGGACAUUCACAGUUAUUCAACAGCAACAUUCAUAUGCGUCGUUAUCACCAGCACCAUACAAUGAGCCGCUGUCUCCUCAGUCAGCGUAUAGCAGAAGAAGUGUAUCGCCAAAUUCUUUUGAAAGACGAUCCCCGACACCACCUUUACCAAGCCCAGGGCUAGACCUAAAUGCUGCUUUACUAGCAAGAGAAGAAGCCCAACAGGCCCAAUCACCGACUGACACAGAGGAGAUUAAUACUAAAGAGCUGGCGCAGAGGAUAAGUGGAGAGCUGAAGAGGUACUCGAUACCUCAAGCGAUAUUCGCACAAAGGGUACUGUGUCGCUCGCAAGGGACGCUGAGUGAUCUGCUCCGAAACCCGAAACCCUGGUCCAAGUUGAAGUCAGGGCGAGAGACCUUCAGAAGAAUGUGGAAGUGGCUGCAGGAACCUGAGUUUCAGAGGAUGUCUGCUCUGAGGCUAGCAGAUACAUCAAACCAGCAAACUACUAAAGGCGACAAUGUAAACAACACACAACAGCAGAAUUACGCACCCAGAGAAUAUCAGGCUCCUGUGCCCCAAGGUUCUGGAAUGUAUUCAGGAACACCAUCCUUAUGGGACCAACCGGCAUAUGAACCGGCCGGGGAUGUGUCAUGCUUCGGCCCAGAUUCCACAGAGAGGCAGCUGCAAACGCAAGGAGGAUUUGGCUACGGAUACUCAUCCUUCGCCGAAGAAACCGCGUUUGGUUUUCACAGAUCUCCAGCGGCGUACUCUUCAAGCUAUUUUUAA